CGGACGUGGAGGACUUAUUUACGUUACUUACGUUAUUAUUAGACGUAGUAAUCAAUAAUAAUAAAAAACAUUUUAUGUGUGUGUUGUGUUUGAGAUUUAUAAAUAGAAUUUAGGAAAAAAAUAUUUAAAGAUGUUACGGCUGCUCGUAUCUAUAUGUCUGCUGACCCUUUGUGGGGCUCAGGAUGGCUCCGGAGACCUGGACGCAGUCAUCAAGCAGAUCUUUGGCGAGCCCACCACGGCAAAGUCGAUACAGCCGUCUACCUUAGUUCCAGGAAUCGUAAAACCUGUGGACAAGAGUUGCAAGAUGGACGACGGUCGCGUCGGCGAGUGCGUGCGGUAUUACCUUUGCAACUCGAAUAACUCUGUCAUCACUGACGGUAUUGGCCUCAUAGAUAUACGUGUACGAGAUGGACCUUGCGCUGACUACAUGGACACUUGUUGCCUUACUCCUGACACGAGGAAUGAAAACAACCCUAUAACACCACCCCCAGACACACAACCACAGCGUCAAGGUUGCGGUUGGCGUAAUCCAGAUGGCGUUGGCUUUCGUAUCACUGGUGAUAAAGAUGGAGAGUCUAAAUUCGGAGAAUUUCCUUGGACGGUUGCUGUUCUGAAUUCUGACUACAUUGAUCCCAGGAUCGAGCCCGUCAAUGAGAACGAACCUGAUGGUCAAAAACUCAACGUGUACGUCGGCGGUGGCUCCCUCAUUCAUCCCAGUGUGGUGCUAACAGCGGCACAUUACGUCGCGGGGGCGAAGGCUUUGAGAGCCCGCGCUGGAGAAUGGGACACGCAGACCACUAAGGAGAUAUAUCCGUACCAAGAUCGGGAUGUUGCCAAGAUUGAAGUACAUAAAGACUUCAAUAAGGGUAACUUGUUCUACGAUAUCGCGCUGCUCUUCUUAUCGACGCCACUGGACUUGGCUCCUAACGUUGGUGUGGCUUGUUUACCUCCGCCUCGUGAGCGUGUUCCCGCUGGUACAAGAUGCUUCGCAACCGGCUGGGGCAAAGACAAAUUCGGGAAAGAGGGACGUUAUCAAGUUAUACUUAAAAAGGUUGAAGUACCGGUAGUCGCACGAGACGUUUGCCAAGAGAAACUCCGUGCGACUCGACUAGGUCACUUCUUUGAGUUGCACACGUCUUUCAUGUGUGCUGGCGGUGAACCAGGCAAGGAUACUUGCAAGGGCGACGGUGGUGCACCUCUCUCAUGUCCUAUACAGUAUGAAACGGACCGUUACAUGCAGAGUGGUAUAGUGGCAUGGGGGGUUGGAUGUGGUGAGGAUGGCACACCAGGGGUCUAUGUAGACGUGUCCAAUCUACGCAACUGGAUAGACGAUAAAAUCGCUGGAAUGGGAUACGACCCAAAGGUGUACACUAUCUGAAAAAUUGAGCAUUUGAUGUAU